CGAUGAUGAACGACAAUUACUAUUAGAUAUUUGCUGAUUACAAAACACUAGCAUGUAAAAACAUAGAACAAAAUUUCGUGUACAUAACGUACUAUUUUAAUGAAAAUGUCUUUUCGUUUUAUUUAAUAAUAUUGAAUCAAAACAAGUUAUUAAAGAUUUCGUUAAAACCACUUCUUGAAAAAACCUUAAAAUCUGCAAGAAAAAUUAUAACCAUAAUGCAAAUUAUUAAAAGUACUACGUUUUCGAGACGAUUUUCUUCUGUAGCAAUAAUUAUUAGUCUGUCUAUUUAUUUUUAAAAAUUAAACAAGAAAAGAAAUGACAAGAACGACAUCACCAAACUCAGCUGUCCUAAAACACAGAAACAGAGUACGCGGAGAAGUGUAUAAUCUAUGACACGGAGAAUACAGAGUAUAGUGCGUUUCACUAAAGAAUUCCCUUCGCUGUUAUGUUGGCAGCACUGUUCGUCUAAACGUCAAACCUACGUCAAACAUAAAUUGUUAUUGUUCAUUGCUCCGGUUGUUUCCAAAUUUUAAAUAGUAAAAGUGUUUUAAACAUGCCUAAAACACUUAAAAGUGGUGAAAGACAGAUGGUGUUAAAAGUUAAAAGCUUUUGUGAACGUGAAAAAGAGAACGAGGCGCCAAUAAUUCCUUUAGAAAGUGUUCGUAGCCGAGUCGCUGCCAUGACAGGUAUAUCAGAAAAAACUGUCACAAAUAUUUCAAAGGAAGGUGAAGUGGCUGCUAGUACUUCAACAAGAAUUUCAACGCCUGGUAAAAGUCGGCCUCGCGACAAAAAAGUCAAGUUGGAUGAUUUUGACCUUUGUGCGUUACGACAUAAAAUACACGAGUUCUAUGCUGUGAGAAAAGAAUUACCUACUUUGACCAAAUUACUUCAUGAAAUGCGAAAUGAUAUCAAUUUCAAGGGAAGUCGCACGACUUUAUGGCGAAUACUGAAGAACAUGGGUUUUUACUUCCAAAAAUGCAAAUCAAAAAGGAAAGUUUUAAUGGAAAGGUACGAUAUUGUAGCUUGGCGAAGUCGAUAUCUGAAGCAGUUACGGGAAAAUCGUGAAGGAGACCAGCGUCCAGUCAUUUAUUUAGACGAAACGUACAUACAUUCGACUUACUGUGCUGGUAAAUGUUGGCAGAGUGACACAGAAGCAGGCGUUUUAUCUUCAGACUCAAAAGGGCCACGUUGGAUUAUAGUCCAUGCAGGGAGUGAAGCCGGUUUUGUACCAAACGCUCAGCUGAUUUUUAAAUCACAGUCCAAAUCUGGAGACUAUCACGGUGAUAUGAAUCGAGAAAAUUUUAUGAAAUGGGUUCAAGAAAAACUAUUACCGAACAUACCUCCUCCUCAAUCAAUUGUCGUCACGGAUAAUGCUCCAUACCACACAGUGGCACUCAACAAAGCACCAACAAUGAAUAGUACAAAAACACAAAUGCAA